AUGGCAGCCAACUACUGGGAGUCAUCGCAGCGGCGACGCUGGCAAUUCACUCGAGAAGGACUGGAAGAUCUGCGAAAGAAACUCGAGGAUGAAGACCCGAAUUUGGUGCAAGGUUACCCGCUUCCCCAGUUGAGGCACUUGAGCAUAUACUUCAAUCAACAAGUCGCAAGGCUCGGGAAGCGUCUCGGCGUACGACAACAAGCAAUGGCGACAGCCCAGCUAUACAUCCGCCGAUUCUACACAAAAGUCGAGAUUAGGCGGACGAAUCCAUACUUGGUACUUGCAACUGCAGUCUAUCUUGCAUGCAAGAUGGAGGAGUGCCCGCAUCACAUUAGACUUGUCGUGAGUGAGGGACGCACGUUAUGGCCAGACUUCUUCAGCAAUGAUACUUCGAAGCUUGGGGAAUGCGAGUUCUUUUUGAUAUCGGAAAUGAGCUCGCAAAUGAUCGUACAUCACCCUUAUAGAACUCUCACUUCUCUUCAAGGCACCUUCUCACUAACACAAGAAGAAUCCAAUCUGGCAUGGUCAAUCAUCAACGACCAUUACAUGACUGAUUUACCCUUGCUUUUUGCACCUCACAUCAUAGCACUGAUGGCUAUUCUUCUUGCUCUCGUGCUACGGCCGAAUCAAACAGGAGUCCAGUCUGCUGGUAAUGCUGCAGGAGGUCUCGCAAGUGCGGCACACGCAGCUCUAAGCUCGGCAGGCUCGUUGAAAUCCUCAAAUCCAGACAAGGCCAACGGCAGUUCACGAACUAAAGUCCAGAGACUUGCUAGUUGGCUUGCUGAAAGCAACAUUGACAUUGAAGCGAUCGUCGAUUGCACUCAGGAAAUCAUAUCUUUCUAUGAAGUCCAAGAACAAUACAAUGAAAAGCUCACGAGGGAGCAGAUAAAUCGUUUUGUCAAGGCACGUUCGCUUGACAAGUGA